GGCUCGCUCUUCUUUUUUUCCUUUUACAAACUGUGUCUCCUCUCCGACGAACAAAUGUAUGUACUGGACAACCAAUACAGCGUCACUCUGUGGAGUUCUUCGACUCAGUUUCACCUAAGAUGAGUGAGAGCACUGAUGACAUCAAGCCUGUGAGCUGCACCAUCAAACCUCCGGUGUAUCUGCAGAUCGGAGACACCAAAACAGACCCGGCUCACUCCGGUGUUUGUGUUGUAGACGUCACCCUCCCCUUUGGAAAGCCUGUCAAUAUUGAGGAGGUCACCUUUAAGAACUACUACACGGCCAAUGUGACUGUGCGUCUGCUGAGGAGGAGCCCCGGGCAGGAGGCCCCCGCUAAGUGGUGCACUGCUCUGAGAGACCUGCCUCUGAUGGACAACCCCCACACUGAGGGAGGCUCCCAAGACUACUACUCCAUUCACAGGAAGCAGAUGCAGGUGGAGCCGGAUCACGUGGUGUCUGUGAGACUGAUCCUGAGACAGCCGUCCUCUGCCUGGCUAACCUUCAGCCUGGAAGACAUCAGAAUAUUCCCUCACAUGGAGCCGGACCCAGAGAAGGAGGUUUCUGAUUGGCUGUCUGACCUGACCCUGGUCGACCAACACCCUGACCUGGAGGGCCUCCCGGACCCCCAGACCGUAUCAUCCAGUAUCCAGCAGAUGUGGGCUCUGACUGAGGUGAUGCAGACCAACCAGACCACAGCCUCCAUCGGGCGAUUUGAUGUGGAUGGAUGCUACGAUAUCAACCUGCUCUCGCUGACGUAACGCGGCCAUGCUGUUCUCUGACGGAGCCCACUCCACGGAGGCCUCAGUAUGUGAGGGAGUGAUGAAACACCUGUAAAAGUUGAGAACAGUUACAGAGAAGAACAAAGGGAAAGUGUUUGUGUCGCCUUUUGUUUUGCAUCAACGUGGGCUAACGAUCAAACGACCAGAGUUUAAUUUCUUUCCAUGUGUUUUAAAAUGUUCUGGUCACAGCGCUGUUCAAACAUUGCUUCACACCUCAGCUUGGACUGCAGCAUGAAGUCUUCUUCAAAGGGCCGUAGAGGUCAAAGUUCAGAUUGUUGGGUUGGGGUCCGGUUUGGCUCAGAUUAGAGUUGAGAAAGCAUUUAGCCAGCGAGGAUCCUCAUAAGCUCGAAUGAAAAGUGACAGGAAGUCCUUUCUGAGAACUGUCUGUCUUCAUGUUGUCGUCUUCAGAUCGUUCUGUCUGCGGUGCAUGAUGAGCAGUUAUCAAACAGUAUUAACUCUGGGAUUCAUCGGGGAACGUAGAACAUGGACUCGACGUAGCUGGAAGGAACUCCCAGCGGUGCGUCUUAAAAUACAUCAGCCAGUGUUCUGACUUUACUUUAAGUGCUGAAGUGUCUCGUAGACUCUCCAGAGGUUCCCUCAACGACUGAAGGAAAGAGGACAGAGACGCUUUUCUUCCUCUCGUUCUACUUUGCAGAGAACGGCCUCGUAUUUGCUCACGUUGUAGACCAGGCAUGUCAAACUGAUUCCAUAAAGGGCCGUGUGGCUGCAGGUUUUCGUUCCAACCAAAGAG